GGCGGGGUUGGUCCCGGGUGUGACGUGAGCGGAGCGGAAGUGACGUGUCCUAACGAUGUUACGGCAGGACAGUAAUGAUGACACUGAAGAUGUGUCACUGUUUGAUGCAGAUGAUGAUGCACCUAGGAGAUCAAAAAAGUCAAAAAUAAGGCAUCCGGUGGCAUCGUUUUUCCACUUGUUCUUCAGAGUCAGCGCAAUAGUUGUUUAUCUUCUCUGUGAACUGUUGACCAGCAGCUUUAUUGCCUGCAUGGUCACAAUUAUCUUGCUGUUAUCAUGUGAUUUUUGGGCAGUGAAGAAUGUUACGGGCCGGUUGAUGGUUGGGCUUCGCUGGUGGAACCAGGUGGAUGAUGAUGGCAAGAGUCACUGGGUAUUUGAAGCCAGGAAGGCAUCGGCUCAUGGGAAUAAGACGUCUUCUGAAGCAGAGUCCCGAAUCUUCUGGUUGGGACUAAUUACUUGCCCUAUGAUCUGGGUGAUAUUUGCAUUCAGUGCCCUGUUUUCCUUCAAAGUGAAAUGGCUGGCAGUGGUCACAAUGGGCGUAAUUCUGCAGGGGGCCAACCUGUAUGGUUAUAUCAGAUGUAAAGUAGGCAGCAGGAAGAAUUUAACCAGUGUGGCUACCACCUAUCUUGGAAAACAGUUCUUGCGGCAGGAAAUCUUGGAACCUUCUCAGAGGGACAUAUUCAACCACCUGACCCGGAUGAAAAUGACUCCUGCUUACACCUUUAAGAACUCACUGAAAGAACAGAGUUCAUACUCGGUGAACAUAGGCCUCCCCAGCCAUUCAAUCCCCAGCUGUCGCCACUGGCCAGCCUACGUCACUCAUACAUCUCCAGUGGUCAAGAUGCUAGUUGAGCAAGACAAGUUGAGAAAGGCCGGUCCCCAAGGAACUUCUGAGGACUGCAGACAAAGAACAGGCAGCAGCAAGAAAAGAUGGGUAUGCACACCAAGCAGUGCAUCUCAAGAAGCAGAUUUCACCGGGACAGCACAAGUGCUGUCAAGGCCAAGGGAAGAUAACAGCCCCCUUAGGAUUGCUAAGGAAUCUACAGCCAACACGGAGGGCUUGUUUUUCCACAGUAAUUCCUCAUACCUUCCAAUUACAGGUAACAGGGUUAUUUUCUCCAGAAAACCCCCCUUCCAUGUGCUACCAGAUCGUUCCCAGAUGUCUUCCAGCAAGGCAAAGUCAACUGCCCUAAGUUAGAAAAGUAGAUCUCAAGUAUUCUGCCUCACAACUCCAGGGUGCAUUAAAGUUCCUCUGCAACUAACUUCUAGUUUUUUAUCAUUUCUUUAAAAGCCACUUUCUGCCUUGUGUAUAACAGUGCAUGGAGGAUCGAACUAUAUGGACAGAGCAAAAAUAAUACCACUGUAUUUGUUCACUAGUGUCUUGGAAAUGCCCUGCAAAGGGAUAUAGUAUCGAAGUCCAGCAUGCAAAUGCUUGGGCGCACACACCCCCACACAAAUAUUUUCACACAGGGCCUAAUUCUUUAGUGCCUUGAAUCUUGUGCCCUGGCUUUUAUUGGUGCAAAGUGAGUGCAAGAAGCUGUCUUCCUAAUUUGGUAAUGUUUUACAACCACUGGGCACUGGCUUUGCAUGGGUGUAAAUGACUGUACCAGAUGAAGAUCAUGAUUAAGGAAGAGGAAAUUACACACAGGGUAUGUCUGCAACCUCUUCCCUGGCUCUCUUGGGGGCAGGGGAAUGCUUCUGAGCAUCCUGCUCUCAUAUACUAAACCUAGAAAUAGCGGGGGUGAAGCUACUUCAGGGGAAUCUUCUAUGGCCGUUCAAAAUCACAGCAGUUGCAUAUGGGAAACUGAGGCACAGAAGAAUUACAGUCAGAAGCAUCUGCAAGUCUUAAAUAUCCAGUUUGAGGUACCUGCAAGCUUGCUUCCCAGAGUGCUCAACAUCUGCUAGCAUUUCAGAUACUGAAAGCAUACUUCUUACUAACUUUAGUCACAGCUGUGAUUGCUCAGCUGUAGGAACACACACAAUGACAUACAGAAACUCUGUGACAGAGAUAGGAAUAGAAUCCAGCUUUCCAGGACAGAAGUCAACUCCCUUAAUCAUCCAGUCACACUUUUUCCUCCUUCACUCCCCUGCCACAUUCACUGCACGCAUUUUCCAGCUUCUGCAACAAUGAGAUAAGGAUAAUGGACAAUAGCUCCCUUUGCUACAUAGCCCUGAUUCAUGCACAGAGCAGGUCUAGUCUGUACACUGAUUGUGACAUGAUCCUGCAAUAAAAAUAGCAAGUGACCAUUUAAUUAAAGAAUAUAUCUUUGUGAAUCUGCACAAAAGAGCUGGCUUCUUUGCA